AUGGGGUCUGUAUUUUGGGAGAAGUUGAUUCACUCGGGUUCAGUCGGACCAGCACCAGGAAGUCGUCGUGGAGCGGUCACGAGGACGACCCGAAGGCCCACGAGGAGCAGGACUGGUACCACGGGCUCCUGCCCAGGGCCGACAUCAGCUCGUACGUCUUUUCCUGUCCUUUUCAUGAGAGACUGGUCUCAACUCACAGGGGGGAUUUCUGAAGGGGACUGGUUGCAGUUUUUCAUUCUGAACCCAAAAAAGCUGGGGAGGGAAGUUAGGACAGCUCAGAGCUGAUCUAAGCAUGAGAUAGACUGGUUUUUGGGAAUUUAACCAGAAGUGUCAAAGUGAGUUCUUUGAAGCCAAAAACUUCCAGGCUUCUCGAGAAAGACGGCGAUUUUCUGCUCCGAGCCUCGUCGAUCAGUGAUGCGGAGGUAGUUCAUUUUCAACGGAUAGAGAAAUAUGACCGAAGCGAUUUUCUUCAAGAAAACGUUUCAAAAUUAUUAACUAUUUUGAUUUUAUUGAUUAUUUUGAAUUUCGCAAAAACUAACUUAGAACAUGGCAUGUGCGACAGCGCCGCAGUACAUGCACACAUCACAUUACACUUUACGGAAAAAUAUUGUCAGGGCGUCGUCAAAAAAAAAAACCCCGUUUGUAGUUUGUUUCAAUACUUUUCGAUGCCAAUCUUUUAGUAAUCCCUUUUUUUGAAAAUACUUUGAAAAAGGAGUAAAAUUUUCAAUAUACCUCACUUGAUUUCAAUAACCGAGUUAUUUUCUUCAAUUUUCGUUCAAAUCCUCAAUUCCAGCCAUUGCGGACGAUCAUAUCGAUUAAAUGGAAAAGCAAAAUUCAUCAUUAUAUUCUCGUCGAAUGUCUGGAUGGUACCUUCCAGAACUGAUUUUGAACCAUUUUCUGUAUUUCAAGGCUCAAUCUCAUUGGACAAACAUCGGUACGGGACGGUUUUUGGAGCUGGUCGGAGCUCUUAUGUACAAAAAAAGCUGCCGAUUACUUCGGAUUUGGGGGGGCUUUGCUCAUCAAUCCGAUCGUCAAGCAAGACUGGGAGCUCAGGCAUAACCAGGUCGGUUUUUCAGACGGCUUUUGGUCUCGAAAAUUGAUUUUUUUAGCUUCCAUAACUCUUGAUAAGGUUCAUUCAUACUUUAGGUUGUUUAUAGAUUUUUUCAGUUCCCCUUUGAUUUUCAGAAUGAAUAUUUCCAGAUUGUCAUUGGAAAAAUGCUUGGUGAAGGCGCUUUUGGCGGCGUCUACAAGGGCUCUUUGACCAUUAAGAAAAGGAAAAUCCCGGUAAAUUGAAUUCUUGGAAGCUUUUCCCAAUGGUUAUUGAUUCGAGGUCGCGGUGAAGGUGAGCAAAGGGAACGCGAAGAUGAGCUCGAAGGUGAUGAUCGCCGAGGUUUGCAAGGAGGCCCGGAUAAUGCGCCACUACCAGCACAUGAACAUUGUCAACUUUUACGGGGUCGCCGUGGAAAAAGUCUCGAUUUCCGGGAUUUUCUGGGAUUUAUCUCCUUUUUGAGGAACCCAUAAUGCUUGUGAUGGAGUUGGCCGACACCGGCGCCUUGGAUUCUUACCUGAGGGGCGGCAAUAAUGUCACCUUACUCACCAAGGUGCUCUUUGAGUCUCUUAGAUUGUUAUUUUCUUUGAAAUUGCAGCUCAAAUAUUCUUUUGACACGGCAAAAGGUCUGGAAUACCUCCACCAGAACGGCUGUAUCCAUCGUGACGUUGCAGCGAGGUAUUUCCGACUUAUUCAAAAUGAAAGAAACGCUCCAGAAACUGCCUUCUACAUGCUGGAACCGUCAAGAUCAGCGACUUCGGCCUUUCCAAGCAGCUCUCCGACCACGCCCACAAGUACAAGCUCAAGGUCCUCCCGCUGGAGUUCAAAUCGAGCCGAAAAUCUUCAGGACCUCCAUCAGAAACUGCCGAUCCGAUGGCUGGCUCCAGAGGUCCUUGUCUCGGCCACGUAUUCCUGCAAGUCUGACGUCUUCUCGUUCGGAAUCUUGCUUUGGGAGGUUUACGGGAUCUUUUUCGUUAGAAAUACUUGUUUCAAAAAGAUCUCACUGGAAUCUUUAAAGGCGCAUGAGGAAAUGAUAUCGAGACGAAAGUUGAUCUCUUGCUAUUUUAAAGGAUCUAACAAGCGACUUCUCCUUGUUUCAAUUCUCCCAUUCAGAUAUUCAUGGACGGCGCGAUACCGUACCCGGACAUGACGCUAGGCGAAGUCAGCGCCAAAGUCAGGACCGGCUACCGUAUGUCUCCGCCCGACCGUAUGCCCAAAUUCGUCCGCGAAGUCAUGACAAAUCAAUGUUUCCCGCAGGCGCCGGAAGAUCGCGGCAACAUGUUUGAAGUUUGAACUAUAUACCUUUUUUUGGAAUGAGAAUAACUAUUUCAGAUCCGCGAAAGCAUGGAAAACGUCAUCGAACGACGGACCGUACCUUCUUCUGUUUAUCAGUCCAUCAAAUACUGA